AUGCUUCCUUUUAUUUUUUCCUACUAUCCCAGACAGCAGGAUGCCUUGGAAUUUUUGGUCUGUCUACUUGACACCCUUCACUCAGAAUUGAAGCAGGGCGCUGCGGACUGCUACCGUGCAUCCCCACCCGGCUCCACAGUGGAUUCCACCUCACUGGAAACAGGCAAUGAAGAGUCAGGUCUUACUUUCCUCCAAUCUGAUAUGGGUAACGCUGCGAAAAACAAACUACCAACAAGAGAAAAGAUAAAAAACUUAUUCCGUCCCUCCCGUCGGCGGAUGAUAGAGCACAUGGCGGAAGAGGCACCACGUGAAACUAGCCCACAAGUUGGCAGGCCACCGGAACCUCCCGAGCAGAAACCGCCAGAUACAGGAAAGAAUCAGCAUCCAGCCGACAUAUCAUGGGAGGAGGAGAACCGACGAGAAUGCAGUUGGGUCAAAG